AUGGGGUUUAAUGCUGUAUACUUCAGGAUAUGCAAGCAUAUGAUGAGAUCUAAGACAUCGCCCCAACAACCAGAGGACGCUGGAGACUUGGAUGAAAGUGACAAGCAAGACGACAUAUCAACUGCAAUGAUACUGGCUUGUCAAAUUCUCCGGAUCAUAACAUUUUAUUCUACUCAGCUUCCUGGUCCAAACUAUCACUGCCGUGAGGGUUCGAAGCUUGCCAGGCUGCCUCGUCCAGACAGUGUACUGGAAGUCUUAUUAAUUAAUUUCCCUCGGGGUGUGCUUUAUGGUUGUGGGGAUUUGAUAUUUUCGUCUCAUAUGAUCUUCUCUCUAGUUUUUGUGCGAACAUAUCAGAAAUAUGGCAUGCAUAGGUUCAUAAAGCAGUGUGCUUGGUUAAUUGUAGUAAUUCAGAGCUUGUUGAUUAUUGCUUCCCGUAAACAUUACACGGUCGACAUCGUUGUGGCCUGGUAUACCGUUAAUUUGGUAGUGUUCUUUGUUGACCAUAAAUUGCCAGAUAUGCCUGACCGUAGUGGGGCGUUCUUCCUACCGUUGAGCAAGGACAGCAGGGCUAAAGAAGAGAAUCACAAGCCCUUGAAUGGGAAUGCUGGUGAUCCUGCGGAUUGGAGGCCGAGAACUCAAGCCAAUGGCAAGAUUCUGGAAGACGGCAACACCAUACAUGCAGAGACGGUGAUGAAUGGUGUAUAGAUGAUAAUAGUUUGGUUCGUUGCCACUAUUUAAGAUGCUACAAGGACUGCCAUUGCUACUUGUACAACUUUGGGUCUAAAGAGUCAUUGCUCUGUUUCGGGAGAAGACUGGCAAACUUGUAUUGUAGAAGAUGGAAUUCGGUGUUGGCGCUUUGCAACUUUUUAGGAUAUUGCUUCUAAUGGUUGGCUGAUGCCCCAUUCAUUUCAUAAAGCACCUGCAUGUAAUGUUGGAAUUUCAGUGUUUCUAUAUCUAAUCAUUUUUC